UUGUUUGAUCCCAACAUCAGCACAUGGGACUAACCCAGCCAGUGCCCACAUGGCAGGCAUGAAGGUUAAAGCAAUUAAAGUUUCUAAUGAUGGUGCUAUUGAUAGUGAUGACAUCAAGAAGAAAAUUGAUGAGAACCACGAAGACCUUGCAGCAAUCAUGAUAACAUAUCCAUCAACAAAUGGAAUUUUUGAAGACAGUGUUCUAGAAAUUUGUGACCUAAUUCACAAAGCAGGAGGUCAGGUCUAUGUAGAUGGCGCUAAUAUGAACGCCCAGGUUGGCUUAUGUCGCCCUGGCGAUUAUGGGUCGGAUGUUUCGCAUUUGAAUUUACAUAAGACAUUCUGUAUUCCACACGGUGGUGGAGGACCUGGCAUGGGGCCAAUUGGAGUGUUAGUACUGUUUUCAUUGACAUAUAUUGUUAAUAAAUUUUUACAAUUUUGUGAAGAACAAGCCAUAUGCACCCUUAAAGCUUACUAGCUUAGUAUUAAGUUGAAGAGCUAGGCCAAGUAUUUUUUUCCCACAUAUACUCGAGAAAAGCUUAACACAUGUCCCCAAGCAAAGCUAUGUGCCUUCUUCUAUACAUAUAAAUACAUUUUAAAUACAAAUUAUACGCGAUUAUUCGCUAAAAGGAUGCUACAUUAAAAAAGAAACUGUGUUAGCUC